GCAGCAGCGCCAAGUUCAUUCAUGCCGCCCGGGGCGCGCGGGGGCGGGGGAAGAAGAGCCCAUUGAAGAAAUCCGCUCCUCCCGGGGCUGAGUCAGCUCAGAAUUUUCAGCCCUGCUGGCUUAACCCCUCCCUGCCCGCGGGAGGGGGGGGCAAGCGGCUUUUCUCUCUGGCCUUCCAGCGAGGAGGAAUGGGGGAGUGGUCUGAGCCUCCCGCUGGCUGGGAAGAAGGAGGAAGAGGAGGAAAAAAAAAGGAAAGAGGGGGGAAAACCCAAGUUUGCAACUCUCUGGGGGCCAUGGCCAAAUCUUACGAUCACCUCUUCAAGCUGCUCCUGAUCGGAGACAGUGGAGUGGGGAAGACGUGCCUGAUCAUCCGCUUUGCAGAAGACAACUUCAGCGGGACCUAUAUCAGUACCAUCGGGAUCGACUUCAAAAUCCGGACAGUGGACAUUGAAGGGAAGAGGAUCAAGCUGCAGGUUUGGGACACGGCCGGCCAGGAACGGUUCAAGACCAUCACCACAGCGUAUUACCGGGGAGCCAUGGGGAUUAUCCUUGUGUACGACAUCACGGAUGAGAAAUCCUUUGAGAACAUCCAAAAUUGGAUGAAGAGCAUUAAGGAAAACGCUUCGGCCGGCGUAGAGCGCCUCCUGCUGGGGAACAAGUGUGACAUGGAAGGCAAACGCAAAGUGCCCCGGGACCGAGCAGAGAAGCUAUCCAAGGAGCACGGGAUCAGGUUUUUUGAGACGAGUGCGAAAUCCAGCUUGAACGUAGAGGAGGCUUUCAGCACGUUGGCCCGGGACAUACUUCUGAAAUCAAGCAAAAAAUCGGCCCAGCACGCCAAGGGCCCUUUGGAGCUGAAAGCAUCACAGAAAAGCAGCAGUAAAUGUUUGGUGGUGUAGCGGCGACUGUCCCGUCCCGUCGCUCCUCUGCCUUGUCGUAGGACGUACCCCUUUCGCCAUUUACGCUCCAAAUGCCUCCGCUUUCUUCCACGAAGCUCAGAAACCCUUCCGGGCGGGACCCUGGGAGUGGGGGCUGACGGCAGGUGGGGCUCGCAGGCCGAGACCUCCCUCUCUUCCCCCUUUUGCGUCCCCACAUUCCUUAGCCGUAGGGAAUAUAGACCAUUUGGAAGGGAUCUCGCCCGAGGGAUGUGGGUCUAGGGUUGCCAGAACUCCUCUGGGGGUGACCCCAAUUCUCCAGGGUCGCCUGGGCCCCUUCCAGGCAGCAGAGAAGGCCUUAGAUGGCCGAUAGUGCCUUAAAAAAAAUAAUAGCUAUUUUUUAAUUCAGAAAAACUACGUGUGCAGCUUCCAAGUUUCAGCUUGGCAGGAGCCAGCUGCAGAUAACUGCAUAUUGCUCCCAAUUAACUUCCGUCUCCAGGGCUCAGUGGUGGAAGUGCAGAGGAAGAACCCCCGGGGCCUGUCCCUAGGUCUCAGGUUUAGACCCUGAAAUAUUAGGGUCUGGGAUGCUCCCGACCUGGCAACCCUAUGGGGGAACCACUACCAAGAUAAUGGAGGGAAUUACAUUUUGGGGGUGAAGCUGGGGGCUUGGCUGCAGUGGAGCCAGAAUGCACUGGGGCCCCCAUGAACCACAGAAUUUGGAAGUGACUCAAAGGGUCAUCUAAGUCCAACCCCUGGACUUUUUUGAGUGGGGAUGGGGGCAGCUACAGGAUGCCGACACUUCCCCCACAACCAGUCUAUUCCCGGGAAAAUGUGUUCACCCUGUAAUGCAACUUCUUGCUCGUAAGAAGGGCUCUUAUCGCCCCAGCCCAACAUCCCGUGAGGAAGAGGGGUUGCCUUACCCUCUGCCCCCACAGGGCCCCCUCCCCACAUCACACAGCAGCCUGGAAAUGUGCCCCCAGAAACUCCCCCUCCAGAAAAGACCCACACAACAUUCCACAUGUGCCUCUUAGUUAUUAUUAUUAAUUUUGUUCGGGAACCCUUUGAACAGUAUUAAAAUGUUUGCCGUGAUUUC